ACUGUAGAGAACAACAAAUUAAACAUGGCUGCGCGCAGUGCCACAAAUGUUUUGAAGUUGAUGGGAAAGACUCCUUCAAUAAUGAGAGAAUAUAUGUUUUUAUUUGCUCAAGAUCAUGUGGAAUUCCGAGUUCCGGAGCUGCAGUCACUUGUAGCCAUCCAUGGGAUCAAAAUGGAAUUGGUGGAGAACUAUGAUAAUAAGUCACCAUUUUUGGUUGUCCGUCUACCAUCAGACGAAAGUGCACUACUAAUUAUGGGACGAUGCAUUCUAACAAAGUCAGUUAUUGAACUUUGGGCAAGAGGCAAUUCCAGGCAGGAAGUGUAUAGUAAACUACGUGAAUAUCCGAAGGACCGGUCUUCAUUAUUCAGUGGUGAAGAUCAGAGCUUUUGCCUCAGGGUUCAUACAUUUGGGAAAACACAUACAGGUGAAAAAAAGAUAUCAAUAAUUCAGGAGGUAUUACAACAUUUAGACUUCAAGGGGCGAGCCAAUUUAUCAAAUCCUGACAACUUAUUUUUUUUGUAUGAGGAUUACGGCAUCAAUCCCAACAGUGCUCCAGAAGAGCCGUACAAUGUAUACUUUGGAAGAUGGAUUACUGACGGCCAACGGAAACUAGCCGAUAAAUAUUCAGUGAAGAAAAGGCAUUUUAUAGGAAAUACAAGUAUGGACGCAGGGUUAUCCUUUAUUAUGGCCAAUCAGGCUAGAAUCACUCCAAAUAGUUUUGUUUUUGACCCAUUUGUUGGCACAGGAAGCCUUCUUAUAAGUUGUGCCCACUUUGGGGCAUAUGUGAUGGGUGCUGACAUCAACUAUGAAACAAUACACGGCUGCGGUAAAUCAAGUAGAAAAAAUCAAUUAUAUAGAGGAAAAGACGAAAAUAUACGAGCAAAUCUACGUCAGUAUGGAUUGGAACAUUUAUAUAUUGAUGUCCUACUGGCAGAUUUCUCAUGUAAUGUUUGGAGGGAGCAACCAAUGUUUGAUGCUAUAGUUACAGAUCCUCCGUACGGAAUAAGGGAAUCAACGAGAAAAAUUGGUUCAAAGAAGGAAAAGAAACUAGAGGAAGAACACCUUCAAGGUCACAUUCCAUCAUCUCGAAGCUACUGCCUAGCAGACAUAUUUAUGGAUCUUCUGAAUUUUUCUGCUCAAUAUCUCUGCUUGAAUGGUCGUCUAGUUUACUGGUUACCAACUCAUAGACCCCAGUACACCGAUGAUCAUGUACCAAGGCAUCCAUGUUUGUCUAUAGUUGCCAACAGCGAGCAACCGCUAACAUCAACGGUUGGGAGGCGGCUGAUAACAAUGAUUAAAACCAGACAUGUUCAUGAGUGCACAGACGGAGCAGAGAUGACUGAGGAUCUUUAUCAAAGCCACAAUGCAAUUCGUAGUAAAGUAUUAAUCACACCUGAAGAGAAACAGAAACGAAAGUUGGAGAAAAAGAUGAAUCAAGGAAGGUCAACAGUCAGUGAAUCAUGAACAAUUAUGAGUCAAUGUAACCAAUAGCAGAGUCUGUUAGACAAUGUUAGACUAUCUGAUGUGUGCCUAUCCAAAACGUUAUUUUGAUUUCCAAUUCCUAAUAUUGUGGUCUAAGAGCACAAUUUUUGGCCAUACUAAACCAUAAAAAAUCUUUACUCCAGGAUCCUCAUCGAGGAUCCAGUUGGCCCCAGCAAAUUUCUGGAGCCACCACUGUGCCGCAGAACUGCUCUAACACCAAAUUCAGAAAGGGAACACUUUUAUGAUUCUAAUAUUCUUACUGUUCGUAAUAAAAUUAAUUUUUAAUGAAAGUACUGUACCAAUUUUAUAUAGCACAUAAAUGUUGAGAAUAUUUUACUUGUGCUAAAAAGAUAAUUGUUUCUGGAUGGAUAUAAAUUGACCAUUGCUGUAAAAAUAACUUUAUAUAUAAUAUUUUCCACAUGUAUAUUUGAAUAAAUAUAAAACAAAAUUGUAA